AUGGACGACAGCGCGGAUCCUAUCUCGCAGUUUUUCUCAGACUCAGAGUCUGUAGAUCUAUACGAGGUGCUCUCAGUCUCCCGCGACGCCAGGCCAGACGAGAUCAAGAAGGCCUAUCGCCGGCUUGCCCUAGCGCACCAUCCUGACAAACACGCCACCGCGAGUGAAUCUGCCAAGGCCGACGCGUCGCUGAAGUUCCAGCAGAUCGGCUUUGCGUAUUCUGUGCUCUCCGAUGAGAAGUGGAGGUCGCGGUACGACAAAACGGGCAAGACGGAUGACGGCGCGGGACUCUCGCCCGGAGAGGAUGGCUGGGAGGCGUACUUCGAGGAGCUCUUCGACAGUGUCACCAGAGAGAAACUCGAUGACGACAAGAAACGGUAUCAGGGUUCUCUGGAGGAGAUCGAAGACGUCAAGCAGGCGUAUGUCGAGACGAAUGGGUGUAUCGGCGACAUUAUGAACCACGUCCCCCAUUCUACCCACGACGACGAAGCACGUUUCAUCGUGAUGAUAUCUAAGCUCAUCAAAGAUGGCACCCUUCCAUCUCUCCCGGAAUGGGAGUCGAGCAGCAAGGACGAGAGGGCGAAACUCGUCCGCAGCAAGCAGAGCCAGAAGGAGGCUAACGAGGCGGAAGAGCUCGCUAAGGAGCUCGGUGUGUGGGACGAGUUCUACGGCACUGGCAAGCCUGGAGCGCGAAAGGGGAAGAGAAGUGAGAAGGGGAAGGCAAAGGGGAAGAAGAAGGGGAAGGAGAAGGGGAAGGAGAAGGAGAAGGAGGUGCAGGAAGACAGCGGCGAGGCGGAGGAGGACCAUUCUGUGCUGCAGGCCCUCAUCUUGAAGAAGCACAAGGACAGAGACCGCUUCUUCGAUAGCCUUGCGGAGAAAUAUGCUGAGCCUCAAUCAAAGGGCAAGAAGGGCAAGAAGCGUGGUAAAGCAGCAGCAGACGAGGAGGAGGAGGGGCCGCCGGCGAAGAAAGCAAAGAAGGGCGCCGUCGAAAUGCCUGACAUUGACGAUGAAGAAUUCGCAAGGUUGCAAGACAAAUUGUUCGCAGACAAGGCGAAAGACACUGAGGCUGCGUCAUCGCCCAAGAAAAGAGGACGUGCAGCUACGAAAGGGCGCAAGGCUGCAAGAUGA